AUGAACAAGAAUAUGGGAAUGAGUCAUCGUUUGUUUCUGACAGUGUUCUUGCACUUCACAAAAGGAACUAAAGAGAAACGUGAGAAACACGAAGAAGCGUUUCGAUUUCCAUGA